GUCGUAUGCGUACAUAUUUUUGCUUACGCAUCGCGCGCGUCGUAAACUUUAAUUUUCCAAUUUUAACCAUUAACCAUGGACGAAGAUCUGGAGCAGUUGGCGCCAACAAUACAAAACGUGAUCGACCAAACGUCCCUGAAGUGGAUUUUCGUCGGCGGCAAGGGGGGCGUUGGCAAGACGACGUGUAGCUGCAGUCUGGCAAUACAGCUGGCCCAGAAGCGAGAAUCGGUACUGAUCAUAUCGACGGACCCGGCCCACAACAUCUCCGACGCGUUCGAUCAAAAGUUCACGAAAGUACCGACCAAGGUGAACGGAUUUGACAAUCUGUUUGCAAUGGAAAUUGAUCCGAACGUGGGCCUCAGCGAACUGCCGGAGGAUUAUUUCGAGGAAUCUUCAUCGCUGAACGUUGGGAAGGGUGUACUGCAGGAAGUCAUCAACACGCUGCCAGGUAUCGACGAAGCCAUGAGCUACGCUGAAGUGAUGAAGUUAGUCAAAGCUAUGAACUUCUCGGUGGUCGUGUUCGACACCGCCCCGACCGGUCACACUCUGCGUCUGCUGUCGUUUCCGCAGGUGGUCGAGAAGGGGCUGGGCAAGCUGUUGCGGCUAAAGAUGAAGCUUUCGCCUAUCAUUUCCCAGAUGGGAGCCCUAUUCGGUGUGCAGGAUUUCAACGGGGACACGAUCGCAAACAAACUGGAAGAAAUGCUUAGCAUCAUACAGCAGGUUAACGAACAGUUCCACGAUCCCGAACAAACCACAUUCGUUUGCGUUUGCAUAGCCGAGUUUCUGUCGCUCUAUGAGACGGAGCGAUUGGUGCAGCAACUGAGCAAGUGCGACAUCGAUACGCACAACAUUAUUGUCAAUCAGCUACUGUUCCAGCGGAAGGGACAACACCCUUGCACCAUGUGCUCAGCUCGCUGCAAGGUGCAGGAGAAGUAUCUGGACCAGAUUGCCGACCUAUACGAGGAUUUCCACGUCACACGAAUGCCGCUUCUGGACGAAGAGGUUCGUGGUGUGGAGAAGCUGAAGAAGUUCUCCCGGAACCUCCUAGUACCGUACUCACCGGAUGAUCCUAAACCGGAGUAGAGGAUGGCGGCUGGCGCGGAAUUCGAUAUAUCGAAGAAUGCGGACAACCAUGGGUAGCGUGGCACGUUUGUGGGGUAUCCUUUUGUUGCCAGUUUUGUUGCACCCAGUUUUACGUUGAUCGCACCUGUGACACGCAAAAGACGCAGCAGAAAGCUGCGCGAGGGAUCCUGUUCAGUUGUAAUCGAAGAUUUUGUUUUAUUUUUCCAUUAUCGCUUAAUGCAAAUAAAAAAGAGAUAUUGUUUUCGA